UACUGACUAUUACCUUCUGAGUAUCUUCCGGCGAUUUAUGACCAGGAAGUAAUAGAAACUACUGGUAUCUGUCCCUUCAGGUGUGUUCAGCCUGUAUGACCAUAUCGGGAACACGGAACCCGCGCACCUGUAAGCUGACGUCACCCACCUGAAAGUACCUGCAGCAACUAGUCGAGCUGAAGUCAUUCAGUUACCGAAACUACCUUCAGGACACAGGGCAAAGAAGUCACGACGACGAUUCCUAAAGGAUUACAGCUUUUAAACUUGGAUUGAUUUCGAUACUGACAGAGGAUUCAGAGGCAGAUGGGGACUGCUCGGUUCGCAGUUCUGGGCAUUUUAAUCGCCAUUUUUCAGGCCUCAGCUUCAGUUGCUGUUGAGGAGCCAACAUGUACACCUGGAUUUGAGACGGAUUUGUUGAUUUUCAAAGUGGCCAGAACGCUCCUGAGGAAGGGCUUAAGACUGGGCAGAGUGGGCUUCACUGACUGCACUGACCGCACAAGGUUUCUGUUCAGAAGUGACGAUAGUCGUUUUUCAUUACAGACAGAUGGCAUUUUGUCGGUAAACAGACCUGUAGCUCUUCAUGAAGGACACCUGGACUUUUUCAUCCACUCCUGGGACUCGCAAGGUCGCAAAAUGACUGUUCCAGUCAAGGUACUGCACCAUGGGCACCACCAUGAGCAUCACCAUGGGGGCCAUCACGGGGACCACCACCAAAAUGUUGAGCACCACCAUGGGGCAAACCAUGGGGACCACCACCAAAAUGUUGAGCAUCACCAUGGGGACCACAGACACCACCAACAUCAGCACCACCUAACUGAAGUGGACUCAGCUAAUACCACAGAGAGUGCAACUGAGCCACAAGUGCCUGUAAUACACUUUCCCAAGUCUGGUGAUGGGCUGAGGAGGAGGAAAAGAGGGGGUAUUCCUGACCUCGCUGUUGUUGAGAAUGACAGAGGACCCUAUCCCCUUAAAGUAGCUCAAAUCCGCUCUAAUGAAGAUGAAGUGAAGAAGAUCCAUUACAGCAUCACUGGUCCAGGAGCAGAUCAACCUCCUGUUGGCCUUUUCACCAUGGACAGAGACUCUGGUAUUCUGUAUGUCACACAGCCACUGGACAGAGAGCAGGUGGCCAAGUACAAUUUUCAAGUUCAUGCUGUGGCAGAAGGUGCAGGAAAUGCUGAGGAGCCUAUGGAUAUAGUAGUGAAUGUAAUAGACCAGAAUGACAACAAACCUGUUUUCACUCAAGAUACCUUCCUGGGAGAAGUUCCUGAGGCCUCAACAAAUGGUUUUGAGGUGAUUACAGUUACGGCCACAGAUGCUGACGCACCAAAUUCUGACAACUCGGAUAUCCGCUACAGUAUUUUGAGUCAGGAUCCAUUGUUGCCCAGUGACUUCCUGUUUGUCAUCAAUCCAGUCACUGGAGUCAUCAGAGUCAAUGCUGGUGGGCUAGACAGAGAGAAAUACCCCGAGUACACUCUGGAGGUACAGGCAGCAGACAUGGUUGGAGAGGGGUUGACUGGAACUUCCAAAGUAAUCCUCACCGUAACGGAUAGCAACGACAACGCUCCAGAAUUCACUCAGAUCUCUAGUGCAACUGAGCCACAAGUGCCUGUAAUACACUUUCCCAAGUCUGGUGAUGGGCUGAGGAGGAGGAAAAGAGACUGGGUUAUUCCUGACCUCACUGUUGUUGAGAAUGACAGAGGACCCUAUCCCCUUAAAGUAUCUCAAAUCCGCUCUAAUGAAGAUAAAGUGAAGAAGAUCCAUUACAGCAUCACUGGUCCAGGAGCAGAUCAACCUCCUGUUGGCCUUUUCACCAUGGACAGAGACUCUGGUAUUCUGUAUGUCACACAGCCACUGGACAGAGAGCAGGUGGCCAAGUACAAUUUUCAAGCUCAUGCUGUGGCAGAAGGUGCAGGAAAUGCUGAGGAGCCUAUGGAUAUAGUAGUGAAUGUAAUAGACCAGAAUGACAACAAACCUGUUUUCAGUCAAGAUACCUUCCUGGGAGAAGUUCCUGAGGCCUCACAAAAUGGUUUUGAGGUGAUUACAGUUACGGCCACAGAUGCUGACGCGCCAAAUUCUGACAACUCUGAUAUCCGCUACCGUAUUUUGAGACAGGAUCCAUUGUUGCCCAGUGACUUCCUGUUUGUCAUCAAUCCAGUCACUGGAGUCAUCAGAGUCAAUGCUGGUGGGCUAGACAGAGAGAAAUACCCCAAGUACACUCUGGAGGUACAGGCAGCAGACAUGGUUGGAGAGGGGUUGACUGGAACUUCCAAAGUAAUCCUCACCGUAACGGAUAGCAACGACAACGCCCCAAUAUUUUCUCACAACUCUUAUCAGGCAACAGUAGCAGAAAACAAAGUGGACGCUCUGGUCAUUACGAUGUCAGUAACAGAUGGUGAUGAGCCACUCUCCCCAGCCUGGAACGCGAAGUUCAAGAUUAUUGAUGGUGAUUCUGGAGGAUUCUUCAACGUGACGACAGGAAGUAACAAACAGGAAGGAAUCAUCACAACUGUCAAGGGUCUUGACUUUGAGAAGGCCAAAGUGCACACUCUGUUGGUUGUAGUGGAGAAUGACAUUCCUUUCGCUACUCCACUGCCCACUUCCACCGCCACGGUAGUGGUGAAUGUGCAGGAUGUCAAUGAAGCUCCAGUCUUUGAUCCAAAACAGAAGAUUGUGUCCAAACGGGAGGACCUCGCCAUUGACAGUGAUGUGGUGCAGUACACCGCUUCAGAUCCUGAUACUGAACGCAAACAGAAAGUCAUGUAUAAAAUAAUCAGUGACCCUGCCGGCUGGCUGAAUGUUGCCAAGGACACGGGUCUGAUCAAGGUGAAGAGCCUGAUGGACAGAGAGUCCCACUUCGUCAAGGACAACAGAUACACAGCUCUCAUUGGAGCCUACGACAGUGAUGAGGUCCCAGCCACAGGAACUGGAACUCUGAUCAUUCAGCUUGAAGACGUCAAUGACAACGCACCCAUCAUUGAGGAGCGUUUGAUCAAGGUGUGUAACAAAGAGCCGGCUCCUCAGCUGCUGACAGUGACGGAUAAAGAUGGACCAGGCUUCGCUGCUCCAUACGCAGUCUUCUUACACGGCAUGACAAAGGCCAACUGGACUGCCAAGAUGAAUGACACCAGAACGGGCAUCAUCCUGAAUUUAAACACUAAGCUGGAUAUUGGGUAUUACAAUGUGGUCCUGAGGGUUGCAGACAACCAGGGCCUGGAGCAGGACAACACUUUCCAGGCCAAAGUGUGUGACUGCACUGGAAAAGACUUUGUCUGCAAAGGGCGAACUGCUGGUGGUCCUGGCCUGUCCACAGUCCUGGGAAUACUGGGAGGCAUCCUGCUGCUGCUCAUGUUGGUGUUGCUGCUGCUGCUGCUCAUCAGGAGGAGAAGAGUAGAGAAGAAGGAGCCUCUGCUGCAGGACAACGACAUCAGAGACAACAUCUACUACUAUGACGAGGAGGGCGGCGGAGAGGAUGAUCAGGACUAUGACCUGAGCGUUCUCCACCGUGGUUUGGACAACCGGCCCGAGGUUUUCAGGAACGAUGUGGUGCCAAACUUCAUGCCGGCUCCUCAGUACCGGCCUCGCCCUGCCAACCCAGAGGACAUCGGCAACUUCAUUGAUGACAACCUGAAGGCAGCUGACAACGACCCAACGGCGCCCCCCUACGACUCCCUGCUGGUGUUUGACUACGAGGGCGGCGGCUCAGACGCGGGAAGCCUCUCCUCUCUGAACUCGUCGAGCAGCGGUGACCAGGACUAUGACUGUCUCAACGAGUGGGGGCCCCGCUUCAAGAAACUGGCCGACAUGUACGGAGGAGGAGACGACGACAUGCUGUAAACGUAACAAAGAACAAACGAUAUGUAAAGGUGGAUGCACGUGUGGCUGUGUGAAUGUAAGAGUGAUGUAAGCAUGAACUGAUAAAUGAAUGCACCCCGGGGAAGCUGGUCUCAGACAUCAGUAGACCUCAGAUGUUGUAUUUCUUUGUUCCAAUGAGUUAACAGCCACUACUCAAAGCCAGAGGAUGUUUUUAUUUUUGUACAGGAGUUCCUGUUUUGAAUGCUGAAGCUGUCUGUCUGUCUCUUACAUCCCUGUUUGACUUUAGGCCAAAGACUAAAAAUACUUUGUUUAUUUCUGGAGACACGUCUUCAGUCUCCAUGUUGAUUUUUGGAUUUGAUACUUUAGCCUGCCUUUCAGUUUACUGGGACACACUGAACACAGGCACACAUGCUUACAGUUGCACUGGUAACGUUUGUAAUUUUGGUUAAGUGCAGUACUUUUGUUCUGUGUAGUUUACGCUACUGCUCCAGUUAUUGUUGUUGUUUUGUACUUGUGUUUGAAAUAAGAGAUGAUCAAGGUGAAAUCCAGGUAGCCAGCCAAGGCCAGGGUGUGGUCAAUGAGUUAUCAAUAAAUGCUUUUUAAAAAUGA